CGUCAUCAUCCCGCCCCUUUUACCCCUCUUUCUAUCAUCCAACUUUUAUCAGUUUUUGACAAAGCAACAAACCUAGUUCCAAAUUCGGUGCCCAUAAUCAAAUUAGGGCUCCAACUUCCUCCUAAUAUGUCUCCUUUUAUCCAGUAAUCAUUCAUUAGUUUUUAAUGUAUAGCUUCUUUAUCGUAGACCCAGACUAUUCUCGAGAUUUUGAAUAAAAUCGUUUCUGGGAUCUUCUUAUUCUUAUCUUAGGAAACUAUACCAAUUUCGAUAUAACUUUACUCGCCGGAGAUAUUUACAGGGGGAUAACCGGAGUUUUCAGUAUGGGUUGUGCUGGAUCAUCGCAUGCGAAAGGGGACGAACCUAUUAAAAAGAUAACAAAACCAAAACCAUGGAAACAUACUGAACCAAUUACAACAGAGCAGCUUAAGCAGAUGCGUGAUGAAUUUUGGGAUACUGCUCCACAUUAUGGUGGCCGAAAAGAAAUCUGGGAAGCCCUUCAAGCAGCUGCAGAGGCAGACUUAACCCUUGCGCAAGCCAUAGUAGAUAGCGCUGGUGUCAUCGUUCAAAAAGCUGACUUGACAGUCUGUUAUGAUGAGAGAGGUGCAAAAUAUGAGUUACCGAAGUAUGUUUUUAGCGCGCCAACAAAUUUGAUUCGUGACAAUUGAGUACGAAGACAAUGGGACACAUGUUUUUUUUUUCAUUAGCAUAAAAGACUCUGGUAAAUCAUGUAUAUGUGUUAGUCUUGUUUUUUAUGGUUUUGAUGUUUAGUAAAGAAACCUUGGUUUGAUCUUUUUAUGAAAUUGGUAUCUAUUUACAAGA